GUUGUUUUCAUGGAUAUGACUUGUACUCAAUAGAUGAUGACUCUGCUUUCCUAACUUGACGUUGACACAGGUCUCCAAUCUGCCGGGCACCACGAUCAGCUUAAUUGGUAUCCCAUAUGUACCCCCCAAGGUGAAAAAGGGUGACAAAGGCAUAGAGAACAAGCGAGACAGGGAUGCGAAGCGUCAGGGGGAGAAGAAAACGGCCAAAGCUAUGAUAUUCGAUACCCCUGGUAUCUUCAAAACAGAUCAGUUAAUCCAUAACCUGACUUAUGACGAAAUCAAGAAAGUGAAUGGGCAAUCUGCAUUGGCUCCCCGUACCUUUCUGCUCAAGACUGGACAGUGCUUGUUCGUGGGAGGGCUUGCUAAGAUUGAACUGCUUCAGCCGGCAUUACUUGCCAGCAGCAAGGCCCCCAGGACCGCAUACUUGACGGUCUUUGCCAGCCGAGAGAUAAAUAUUCAUGCAACAGAUAGUGUCCGUGCUGAUGAAGUCUACGCUAAGCAUGCUGGCAACCCUGGCACAAAUAUUCUCAAUAUACCCUCUGGGGGAACUGAGCGAAUGGAAUCGUUCCCAAAACUGUCCAGACAGAAGUUUAGGAUUGAAGGAUUGGAUUGGGAUACCUGUGCGAAAGACAUCGUCAUGUCAGGUAUCGGGUGGGUGAGUGUCACUACCGGUCCGGACUCGCCUGCAACGGUUGGUGUAUCUGUACCGAAUGGAACUGGGCUUACCAUCAGGGAUAGCUUGUUGCCUGAAGCUGUGCGAAAGCGCGGCAAGAGAGUAAAGUCACGUGGCAAGCGACAGCAAUUCAAAGGAUGAGCAUCUGUCUAUGCCGACUAAUUACGAGUUAACACUGUGGCGUGUCUGUGCUAGGGAUUCGUGGCACCAAUUAUGCGCCACCUGAGGCAUUCAACAAGCGUAGCAUGUGCAUUCGGACUGAGUCUAAAGAUGAAUACUUCGUCGAGGACACUUUGGGGUGGGGACUUGUGCGGCGAAUUCUAGAGUGCAGGGGUAUCGGCGUGUCUUAUGUAUUUAUGCUGUUUGUACGUACCUAUGGCCAGUUCGGCGAUGAUGUUCUGAUCUGGAUCUACGACGAAUAGAGAAUUGGAGCUCGUUGAGUGGUUGUUUAAACAUACUCCUAGGAAGCGUGCGGCAAUUCUAGGAAUGCUGGCACAACCCCCCCUCAACUACCUUCUAAUUCGUGCCACAUUGAUGGUUAGCAUACUGUAGCAUAGUGCCUCUGCGUAGUCUAAUGAGCAGGCUUAGUCGAACGAGCAGAUUUGAAAAAUUGUAUCAACCACGCACUAUGUAACAGAGGUUAUUAUGGACGAUGGGUGUGGAUAAUCUAUGUGUACUUCUGCUUGACCUUUAGUCCCAUUAGAGAUCGUUACCCAUGGGUGGAAGCUGUUAGCACCAUUGUUCUCCUCUUAUACAGCCGUUAUAUAACAUGAAAUGUACGGCUAAGAAUAUGGCUGCUUUCAGCGAAAGCAGUUCCACGUACAGUUCUCCUGUGGACGUUGAUAGAAACUUACGGCAUCUCAUUGUCAAUCAGAGAAAACGUGGACUAUGGCACUCUGCCACUUAUCUUGGGUUCGACAAGGAGAUAUCUGUGCUAUGAAAUUGGAAUUACAAACCUAGCUCGUUAGUGAUCACAAUAAACCCCUUGAAUGGGAUGUAUGCCCCG